AUGUUUACUGAAGAGAAACCGUUGACGAUUUCUGCACUUCCUGACUUGAUGUUGAAUGUCAUGAACUCGGGGUACCAAGGAAUUUUGAAAUGGUUCCCAUGGCUGGUGUUCACAACUCCAGAACUGAUCAUAAGAUUCACACAUUUACAGCAGCAGGACAGAUACAUGGAAUGUGACAUUGAGAAAGUCAUCAACAAGAGAACCAAGAGGAGAUCAACACCAAGCACUAGACAUUAUGCAUUGGAACGACAUCACAACACAUUUAACCACAAAAAAAUAGACAGACAGACACCUCCAUGGCUCCAUCAGAGCACAAGUAGUAGCAUCACCACCGGUACUACAAGUGAACUCUUCAUUUGCUUCACUUCUGGUCUCUCAUCUUCCUCCAUGAAGUCCAUUCUUAGUCCCGGCCGUGCAAGAGAACCCUCCCAAAUCUCACUCUCUGCUUCUCUCAGUAGAAGACUUAAAACCAAUGGCAGCAUCAAAAGCGGCCAAUCUCCAAUGUUCCCCAAAAAACGCGGCGCCGGAUUCGAAAACGUCGAACCCAGUUCCCCAAAAGUGACCUGCAUCGGUCAGGUGAGAAUGAAGACGAAGAAACAGGGGAAGAAAAUGAGGACCAGAUCGAAGCGAAGGGAAGGAGGAGGUGGGGGAAAUGUUAGUUUCAGAAGGGUUGAUCAGAACAAAAUUCCAAAUCAAGAUUACACGACUUCUACUACUAAUCAUGUGAAUCCGGAGUGUUUGCGGCACCGAAAUCAAAGAUGGGUUCACUUGCCUGUCACAAUUUGUGAAGGAUUGAGAGCAUUUGGAGCUGAAUUGAAUUGCUUCACACCGUGCCGCUCUAAUUGUAUGAAGGAGAAGGAGGAGGAGGGAUCUGGACGGAGUUCUCGUGGGGCGUUGUUUUCGCGGUGGUUGAUGGCGGUGCAGGAAGGGGAAGGGAAAGGGAGGGAAAUAAAGUUGGUGGUUGGAGAACAAGAGAGAAUUGAGAAAAGUAGUAGUAGUAAUGCGGAGAUGAUGAUGAUGAGGAGUCAGAGGAGGCAUGUGUUUGAAGAGAUUGAGUUCAAGGAAGAGAUGUUUGAGGGUAAGAAUAUGAAGUCAGAGGAAGAGGAAGAAGGAAGAGUGAGUAUAUGCAUACCACCCAAGAAUGCUCUUUUACUGAUGAGAUGCAGAUCUGAUCCUGUAAAAAUUGCUGCACUUGCUAAUAAGUUUUGGGAGCCACCAGAAGUAAAGGAAGAGGAAAAAGAAGAAGAAGAUGUGAAAGAAGCAGAGCAAGAAAAGGCCGGUGAGGUAGGAAAAUUGAAUCUUGAGCUUGAAAGGGAGUGCAAGGAAAGCAGAGAGAGCGAGGGAUGUGAAAAGUUGGGUUCUUCUAUAAGUGUAGACGAUGAAGAAGGAGAUGAACAAGAACAAGAAAACCCAGAAGGGGGCAAAGAAAUCAGAGAAGCGGCAGUGGAAGAAAUGAACUUUGAGAAGCAAGAAGAGGAAGCAGAGACUGAGCAACACCAUCAAAACCCAGUUUAUGGAAGUCAAGAGACUGAAACUUCUGCAGAUCUAGAGAAGUUAUCAGACGAAGAAAAUGCCCCCAUUUUGAUUCGACAGAGGGAAGAAGAAAAUCUCGUAGAAACUGAAGCAGAAAUUUAUGGAGCAGACAACAAUGUAGUAGAUUCCAAUGAUGCAGUCGAUGAAAUUGUAGAGGCAAUUUCAAGUUCUGAUGAAGACCAAAACACAGAAGAGCCACAAGAACAGUUAGUGACCCCUCAGAGAUCCGAACCUGAACCCGAAUGCCCGGAAACCCAGGAAGACGAAGUGGGUUGCCAGUCAAAGCAAGAGACAGUGAAGAGAGAAUCAACAGUUUCAGUUUUACCAGAUUGUUUACCGUUGAUGACGUGCGAGCCGAAGCUAUCAAUGGAGAAUAAACCCGAUAGCACGAUCAAUAAAACGGACGGUGGAGAUGAUUCCAAAAAGUGGAUCAGCAUUGACUCCAAUCCUGUACCAGUGCAGCAAUCGCAGCAGCCGUCAAGGUCUUCCUGCUCGCACCCGUCAGCGGCGGCUUACAGAGCCUGCGUCACUUCAUCAUCAAUGGCUAACAUGAUUGAGCAGAAGGUGGUCGGAGGGAAGGUUUACGAGCAGUUUAUGCUCCUGCGCUGCAAGUCUGAGCCGAGGAGGUCAGCGGCCAAGCUAGCUGUGCCAGAGACUUGUUUCUGGAAGAAUAGGAAACUGGAGCCGCAUCGUGCGGCGGCUACACUUGGAGUCGGCGCGGCUGGACUUGGAUUUUGAAGCCCAGUUGAUGGGAGAUAAAAAUAAUAGUAAUUUUGCAGAAAAGUUCGGUAUUUUUUUUUGCUUGGCUGGUAAAGUUUCAAUUUUUUUUGUUCUCUAACUUAAUUAUUGGGUGUAUUGAAUUUAUUACUAGUGAAUAGUGUUGUGUUCUUUUCAUGUCUA